AUGAAAAAAGCACCUACUUUACCACCUGAAUGCCUUAAAGAAAUCUUCAAGUGUUUACAAAAUGAUCCGGGAACUCUUCAUUCGUGUCUUUUGAUAAAUCGAAGGUGGUGUCAAAGUUCUGUUGGAUUUCUAUGGCAAGAUCCUUUAAAAUACCUUAUGACAUUUAUAAAAAAAGCUCCAGAUUCGGAAGAGUUAUUUCAUUAUAAAACGAUGUUGGAAACGUUGAUUUCUGGUCUUUCUCCAGAAUCCAAAAAUAUACUUAAAAAUAUUGGUAUAGACGAAUCACUUUUAAAUACCAAACAAACAUUAUUUGAUUAUUUUAGUUAUUGUAAAGUUUUGAAAAGCGGCGUUCUGAAAAAAAUGAUCAACGAGGGACUUCACGAAUAUCAUAUUGAUAAGGAAGAAUAUCAAAAAGACCGUGAACUGUUUAUGGUUGAACAGGAAUUAUAUAAACAUUUUAUUAGCAAAGCAAAUUUUAUUGUUUCACUUACUCUAGACCCUAAGAUAAAGUUACAUAUACCUUAUUUUAGUGGAGCGGAUAAAUGUUUUUCAGAACUGAAAGAAUUAAACUGUGCUUCUGUUACGACUUCAGCAAUAUUUUAUGGAAUUGCACAGAUCUCAAAGCAUAUUGAAAAAUUGAUGAUCAAUCCUUGUUGUAAGGAUAACUUUGGCCUGAUUCAUUUGAUCCGUACUCAAGAGAAUCUACAAUGCUGUCGUCUUUUAACAAACUAUUCAAAUGACGACGAGUAUGAUUUUGAUUCAGAGUCGACUGAAGAUCUUUAUACUGAUGAAGAGUGUUAUGAAUUGGGACAAGCGUUGAUAACACAAUCAAAUUCUUUGACAUUUCUUGAAAUUAGCGGGACUUUUUGUAUACCAAUACUUGACGUAUUGUCAUUUAAGAAUUUGACGACUUUAAGAUACGGGGUGAAUUAUAAAAGUUAUACAAAUAAUGAGAUUGAAAAAUUGGUAUCAACCGGAUUUCCAAAACUUGAAAAUUUAAUUAUUUACGAUGGCGUGAUACCAUUAAAAAUUGUUAUUAGUUGGAUCGAGUUAUCGGAAGGAAAUCUUAAAAACUUAUAUUUAGGAACACAAUAUCGUGACAAAAUAGUUGGAUAUGUUGAGAACAUCAUCAAAUUAUUGACACGUUCAUGCCCAAAUCUUUUAUUUAUUACAACAUGGAUUAACACGGCUUGUUAUGAACAUUUAGAUCAACUAUUUAAAAACUGUAAAAAGUUAAAAGGAAUAUCGUUGAUACCGGUGAAAGGAGAAGGCGCGGAAGGUGACGAGUAUCUAAAGACACUAGGUGAAAUAUUACCAAGCUCAAUCAAAAUCUUGAGAUUAAGAACUGACAAAAAUGAAUGGAAAUUUACAAAUGAAGCAUUGAAAACAUUUUUCGAGUCAAGAAAAAGUAAUGGGCCUAUUUCAUUACAAAUGGUAAGCAAUAGCAGUUCAUCUAGUGUUCGUGGAUACAUCGACAUUAUUAAAAAAUAUCACGAGGAAGGGGCAUUAAGUGAGAUUAGACGGUUAUUUUAUAAUAAAGAUCACGAACCCAAUUGGAAACCAGAUGCCGGAUUUCAUUUGGAAGAAAGUUUGGACGCUGAUAAUAACGAUAAUUCUCCCGAUUCUUCCGAUGCAAACCUUUCUUAUGGUAACGAUUCACCCGAUGACUAUAAUCCCGAUUAUUCAGCCACUACAAUUCUUUAA